AUGUUGACCACCUUCUCAUUGCUCCACGAGAUGGCCCGUGCCGAACCCAAGUCGCGCUCCGUGUCUCGCGGACGGAAGUCCACCGGAAAGUCCACCUCCAAGUCGCCGGCUCGCUCCAAGAAGAGCCCAGCCAAGAAGUCUCCAUCCAAGUCGCCUGGUCGUCCCCGUUCGACCAGCCGUGGACGUCAGCCAGCGAAGAGCCAGGCAGUCAAGCGCACCCCAUCGAAGCCCCGCUCGGCCUCGAAGCCCCGCGCCAAGUCGGUCUCAAAGUCCCCAGCCAGGACCCCGGCCAAGACACCAUCAAAAGUGACCACCGUCCAGUCGGCCAACCGUUCUUCUUCGCGCCAGACAACCAGUCAUACUUCUUCUGAACCCACCCUCAAUGAGAUCCGUCAGCGUGUCCAGCGUAUUAAGGAGGCGUCCCGCUUCGCGCCGGCCCCCAGCUCAUCACCGAAGAAGGUCGAGAAGUCGAGCAACUGGUGCCCGAUCAGCUUUUGCGACAAGUUGAACUGCAGCAGACUCAACCAGCAGCAAAAGGACACAAUCGCGUGCAUCUUCUUGGUGUUCAUCAUCGUCAGCCUCAUCUACUUCAUCCUGUUCACCGACCCCGUCAAGGCCCGACAAUGGGUCGAGCACUUCCCCACCACCGUCCACAAAUUCUGGAAAAAGCAGGUCGUCCCGAAGAUCAAGUUCUGG